UGUUACCUUACUUUUUACAUUUUAGGUGCAUGUGCUAAUAAUAUUUACUUUGACUUAUGUUGCAUUUUCAGGAUGCUUGCUUGUUAUUAAGUAUGUCUAUGUUGCAGCAUUGCUGCUUUUACUCCUGUGAAGUCUCCUCCACCACUGCAGCAUGGUGACUAGGAUUUCUCACUCUCCCAUCUGUGGUUGUCAUCCUCCUACAUGAACAGGAUUCUCUGCUGAAUCUCACCAAACAACAUAAAUCAUGGAGCUCUGCAGCAGCAUUGCAUUAAUGUGAGAGGAGCUGAUGAUGAGGAGUAAUUGGGGAGCAGGACAGUUCAGGUGAGCUGAUGUGACACAUACAGGGAGCUACAAUGAUUAAAAUGUCUCCACGUAAUAAUGAUGUAAGAGUAUUGAUGAGUGUCACCACUGAUCCAGAUCCAGCAGCAGGUCGUCCUCAGCGGGGGGGCACCUGCUGUCCCGCUCCGCGCUGCAGAGAGACGAGAGUCCAUGAUUAGUGCACAGCUGGGCAGACCUGGAACAGACCUGUAUCAGACCUGGAACAGACCUGGAACAGACCUGGAACAGACCUGGAACACCUGAGCGGACUGGAGCAUUACAGCAUCGCACGCGCAGGAGACGCAGCACGCGCAUCUCUCUCCAUCCAGAGAUGAUGCCCCGUGUGCCGGGCGGCGGCAGGACACCGUGCGGGACCACCGGCACCUUACUGUCGGCGUGUCUGGUCUCGGCUUGUCAAGCCCUCCGGAACUGCGGGGAGGUCCAGUGCGGCGACGGCCACCAGUGCUGCCCGCCCCUCGUCACCGGGAACGGCAGCGCGAGCUCCGCGGUGCGCUGCUGCAAGCUGCCCAUCCACAUCUUCUUCGACAACGUGGGCUGGUUCACCAGGAAGCUGUCGGGGAUCCUGAUCCUGCUGCUGCUCUUCGCCAUGGGCUACUUCAUCCAGAGGAUCAUCUGCCCGCGGCCCCGCAGGCACCCGCACCAGGACCGCAGCGAGGAGCCCUCCCUCUUCCACGGCCACGCAUCCGCGUCCCAGGACUCCCUGCUGGACCGGUACCCGGAGUACAGCCUCGGGGACUUCGCCUCUCCGAACCUGCCAGCUUACGACGAGGUCAAAUAUUUGCCCACGUACGAGGAGAGCAUGCAGGAGAUGCACAGGGACCGCUCCGAUCAUCACUUGCUGGCGGGGAGCGAGAGGGGCGGGACGGGCAGGGGCCGAGCGGCGGACCCGGGGGCUGCAGACCCGAGGCGGGAUGUCCUGGAGGGGUCAGGACCGCUACAGAGCCCAAGGACAUCUCGGAACUCUGUCUGA